AUGUCUGCUCCUUCUAAUUCCGCUGUGCCAACGGCCAGCUCUACUACAUCAGCUGAGCCUACUUCGUCUGCCUCUUCAACCUCGACAUCUAGUUUUUCUAGCACAACCAGUUCCUCGACCUCUUCAUCAAGCACAAGUUCGUCGACUUCCACAAGCUCGACAUCAACCUCUACCAGCUCUUCGAGUUCUACUUCUACAACAAUUCCAUCGACCUCGACCACAGCUUCCGAGACGGCGCCUGGGCCAACGACAAUCUUUGUAACUUCUACUUCUACAGCUUCUCCCACGGCAGCAACCGGAUCAACAACGGACACCUCUACCAUUAGCUCAUCCACCGGCACAGCCUCGCCUACACACACUGGCGCCGCUUCUUCCGGCUCCAGUGGACUCUCUCCGGGAGGUACUAUCGCGGUAGCCGUUGUGGUUCCCGUUGCAUCAGUUGCUUUAAUCAUCUGCGUUCUACUCUGGUGGUGGCGACGACGCAAAGCCAAUAAGCUUGCUGAGGAAGAGAGGCGAAAGGAAGUGGAGGAGUAUGGUUUCAACCCCAACAACGACCCCGGUCUUGGCGGCAGUGUUGUCGGAGGUACCAUGUCUACCAACACAUAUAGCGACCGUUACGAACAACAGGACGGCAAUGCAGGAUACCGAGGAUGGGGCACAACUUCUCAUCCUCGCAAGCCUUCGACGAAUCUUUCUUCCAUCCCACUUUCGGAAACCAGCGCAAUGCAAUAUAACGAUGGCCCUGUGAGACCGGAUUCCGGGGAGUUGGGCGCGAUAGGGGUUGCUGGCGCCGCAGGAGCCGCAGCAGGAGCUCAAACCGGUGACAUUCGUCGCGGCGCAUCGAAUGCAUCGUCCGCAUAUUCCGCCGGCGUUCAGUCGGAAGCAUCAGACGAUGCACAUAUGGGCGGCCCUGGACCUAAUCAGUACUACGAUGAGGGCAACCCUUACUACCACGACAUUCACAACCAACCGGCCGGAUAUAGUGAUCCUGCUUAUGGCUUGGGACAGCCUGUGAUUCGUGAUGUGCAAGCUCGUCGCAACACUCGCAUCGAAAACCCCGGCGUCUAUCCACAACAGGGCAACGCCGGUAUUGCUCAGAAUUUCUAA